AUGAGCAAAUUGUUUUGUAACCAGUCUUCGCAAUUUUUUCUCGUAUUUACCGAACUUCAAGAUCUUCGUUCGACUUGUAUCGCCAACUGUAUCUUUAAUAUUUUUUUUACUUACACCGCCUUCAUGUUGAAUAUUGUGACAUUCUACGCCAUACACAAAACUUCAACAAUGCCAAACACUUUGAAAACUCUGCUGCUAAGUCUUGCCUGCUCGGAUGUUGCUGUUGGUUUGUUUAGUCAACCAUUUUACGCUUUCUUUCUUAUCAAUUGGCUUCGACUAGAGAAUCCUAGCUGUAACUAUCAACAAGUGUGGGUUAUUUCAAGUACUUUAUUCACAACUGCUUCGUUCCUUGGUGUUGUGGCUGUAAGUGUAGACAGGUUCUUAGCUGUUCAUCUUCAUCUCAGAUAUCAAGAGCUUGUGACUCACAGGCGUGUUGUUGUUGUGGUGGUCAGCAUAUGGGUGUACAGUGCAUUUGUUUCUUUGAUGAUAUCGUGGGAGACUUUUAGUACUCGGGAACUUAUAAAUACAAUUAUUGCAGCUUUGGGUUUCAUUAUCACAUUUGUGGUGUACAUCAGGAUAUAUCAAACUGUUCGACGGCACAAGAAUCAGAUUCAGUCCAUACAAAUACGAGAUGAAGCUCAGUCUGAGGAGAUAAAAAACUUCACUGUUCUCAUGAAAUCCACAGUUGGAGUAGUCUACGUAUAUCUCGUGUUUUUAAUUUGUUAUUUGCCCUAUCUCAUUUGCAUGGCUGUUAUUCGAAUCUAUGGCUCAAGUAUCGCCUUAAAGAAACUUUUUCUUUACUCGGUGACUCUCAUGUACCUGAAUUCAUCUUUGAACUCUGUUAUUUACUGCUGGAAGAUGAAACAAAUUCGACACGCUAUCAUGGAGAUACUGCGAAAGGCGUCUUGGAUCAGCAAUCGGCCAUUACGGAUCAACUACAAUCGGUCAUCGAGUGUCGUGCAUAUCUAUAACUGAUGCCUUCUGUGUGGUUUAUAAAAACACUACGCAGAAUAGUUGUUUGCGACAAAGUGAAAUAGGGACAAACAAGAUUGUACAUAAACGUAGUGAUAUGACCCAGCAGUCAAUUUAUCGCUUAGUUUCAAUUUUGACUACUCAAUAAAUCGAAUAAUCUGUAGUGUGGAGGAGAAGGGUUAAUUUGAGCAGGAAAGCUGGUUUUGUCAUCGAUGGAUAGUGAAAUUGUAAUUAUGGAUGUAAAUAAAAGUAGGAUACAACAAAAGAUUUUAUUCACAUCAAGGUUUCCGUCGUUCUUAGUUUCAAAUCAGAAUUGAAAACCAAUAGGGAUGAUUGCGGACUUAAGCUUCGGAAAAGUUUCUUCUUUGGCUUGGAAUUAAAUCAGUUCUGUCCAUGACUGCCAACUGUUUCGCCAAAUCUCUUGAAAUUAACAUCGACAACUAAAUGACAUGCUAGUUUCCAAAAAAAAAGGAAACUCAUGUCAUCCGUCCUUCUGCCGCAAAACCAGAAUUCCCAAGUUAAUCUGUAAUAGUGGUAAACAAACUUCUUCCUUUAAAUAAACAGUCAACGCUAUGACUACCUGUGAUGUGUAAUUUACAGAAAUUCUCAAGCAAACAGGUAAUAAGAAUGACAGAGAUGAUUAAUUUGGGGACAUGGUAUUGAUAGUAAGGUUCUCAGAACUAAAUAAAAAAUAAAUAUAAGGUAUGAUCAUGAGUGAAGGGAAUAAACUUCUAGCUCUUUCUGUAGAAGUUAAAAACUUCAAACGAUCCUACGAUAAAACAGUAUAGCGUCACAUUGAGAGCGUCACCUUUGUCCUCAAGAAGAAGAACAAACAGGAGCUAGUAUUUACAAGGGAAGAAAAAAUCGAUGUGAAUCGUUAGCUAAUGAGUGGAUUCAAAACGAAAUGGAUUGAUCAAUAUACUUGAACAUGAAACAAAAAACGAAAUUGCGUUUGCCUUAGCACUUUUGAGGUAAGAUUUUACUCGAAGCAAAAUGCUGCCUAUGAAAACGAAAACAUAGGUGGCAAUAGAGUUAGUGAUCAGCCCGCAGAUGUUUGCAGGUGGUUCUUGAUAAUACCGUGAGUUUUGAAAACUUAAAAUUAAGUAUGUUUUUCUUUGUUAUCUCCUUUCGCUCAGAUGCAAAUAACAGAUAGGUUUUGCAACCAAUUUGACAAUUGUUUACAAUUUCUAGACAAGUCAAUGGUCAAUAAAGUGAAAUGUAGUGAAAACAAUACUCUCGUUAUAAAAGUGUUUAAAAGUUUAUUUGUACAGACAAUCGACGGCUUAAAUUUUGGGCAUAUCUAUGAUGAUUGCAUGGCAAUUUGAAAAUGUCUUUCAACAUCUGGGAGAAUGUUUGUAACAGCUUCGUUUUCCCCCGGCUUUAAGGAAAAACGGAAGGGUCACAUUGAGAGUUUUGAUAAUUGCAUCAUACUAUCAAUACCAUGUCCCUAAAUUGAUCAUCUUUGUCAUUCUCAAUACCUGCUUGCUUUAAACUUUCUUUAAAUUACACAAUAAUGGGGGGUUAAGGAGUUGACUGUUUAUUAUUAUAAGCACCGUAUACUUCUCCAACACGCUAUUUUUAGCAGAUUAUUAUAAACCAAGAAAGUACUAUCUCGAUCAGCAUGGACACGCGAUGAGUGAGCUGUGGUGGUAAAAUUCAGUCAUUUAAGAUAAAAGUUCUACGCUAUAUUAUCGGAAAAAGAAAAUUGCGUAAAACGCUGUAAUUGCAUGGUCACAACAAAUUACUCGAAAGCUAUUUUCGCUUGGUUUUGUUUUUAAUUAUUUUGCAAGCAAGCUAAGUUAGUCGUCAGACUUGUGCAAACGAAAGCAAUAUCGAUGAAACUUUUUCCAAUGGCAAAUAGUUCACAUUGUCAAUCUGAUGUUAGCAAUAAAAGUUACCCUUCAAAGUGAAAAGUGGUAAAUUGAAGGAAAUUACUGCGUAAUCUCUGCCUGCGACGUGAUCCAUUAAUUAAAAUUAGUUCAAACAGAUGCUUUAUAACUCUAUGCCCGUAAAAGUGUGUUCUCAUUAAGGUAAGAACAAUUUUCUUCGCGGAGUUUAUCUCACUCCUUUUUAGGGUAAUGCUUCUUUGGAAAAAAAAAAUUAUUAUAUCGGUUAUAAAAACUCGCUUUUCCAUGAGUUUAAGCAGCUUAUUCGAAAAUGCUUCAAUGAAAUUUCCUUCUCAUCAACAUAUGGCUAAAUAAACAAUGACUUAUCAAAGCUUUGAGCCAUGUACUGUCGGGAGGAUAAACAGUUUUUGUGGAAAAGGUUUGAGUAAAGGAGGCGCGAAAUGUCACAGAAAAAUCUGCCUCAUCCGUAUCUAUGGGGGGACUAAGGCGAGAUUAGUGUGGUGUUCGCCUUCGAAGUGCAAAUAUGUGGCAUGUAAACCUCAGGAAACCAUGUUUAGAAUAUUCAAGCGUAAAUUUUAUAAUAAAGCAGGCUCCACAUGCGUGUCGAAAGAACAAAACCAGUCUAAUCCACAUGGGCAAUCGGAACAGUGGUCAACAUCAUAAUUAGCCAAUGAGAAUCCGAAACAAGAAUAGGCGGACUGUCAAAAGCAUGGAAUAGCCUGAGUGAUGCUUUUUGCGCCAUUCACUCAAACGCUCAAAACGUCAGUUUUAGAAACUCUCAUCAGUGUCCAAUUUACAUUAUCAACUCAGAUAAAAUCGAAUUGCCUCGUAAUACCCCGACCGAAGUAGUAUCACAGUUUCUUCGAAAACGCGCCCUCUGUGUUCAUUUGCGGGCUAAUAUAAUCUCGUAUCCAGAUUUUACUGUAACGGAAAUGUAAGUUACAGCCGCUUGGCCGUGAAAGGGGCAGGCACGAGACUACCUACGAACAGACCUCUGCCCGUUGGAAGACUUGAAACGAUAUUGGGGAGAGGUAUGCCGGGGAUCUGGCACCACUUGCAGACUUCUAUAGAGAAUUGGCUGCCAUUGAACUGCCAAUGAGGUAGUAUUUUAGGAGUAUUACAGAGGCUUAUGAGGGAACCACGUAAAUUCUAUCGUGACAACCAAAAUCAUCCAAUCCCAACCCCAAACCCCCCUCCCCUCCUCUCCUCGAUAAACAAUUAUCAGUCCGUAAAUAAGUCACUUUUAAGUUACAUGUGUUAAGCGAAUGAAGGUAAUCAAGGAAAACUGAUAAUAGAUACCUUAAGAUUGAGGACGGGGGCUCCUACCGAGAACUUCAUGACGGAGGAGAGCCUGGCUAGAGUACGGCGUCGUUUACGCAGGAAAUUUGGUGUCAAAAUCCACUCGAUCAAUUACGUUUGGAAUUUGGAAGACGUCAAACUAUCCUGGCUAAUUUUAGAGAAAUGCGUGAUCUUUUCACACUUUAUCAUUCAUAAGAGGUCAUAAAUGGUGAAGAGUUCAUUUUGCUGUAAAAUACAUUGAUUGAAAAGGUCAUAGAGAGGCCUACACAGACUCCCCUGUGUGGUUUUACGUUUGCGACGCGAAAGCCUUUAAUUAAAGCUUCGCUCUGACGAGUAUGUCUUUGAGCGAUUUACCUCUUUUGUAUGAUAUAAUCGGAGGCGUUUUGUAAAUUGUUUUCAGCAGUGGCUGAUUUUGGAUGAGGUUCCAUUCUUGCAUCAGUAUUUGUUUUAAAUUGUUAACCCCUGGGUGGUAUGCUAUCACAAAAGGCAAUAUGUUGCCUUUAGUUUUUUUGGUUUGUUUUUUAGGUGUCGACUGCCUUGCGGCAAACGAGAACUCAGAUGGGUGACCACGUGCUUCAAGUCGUGUUUUGAAGUUACACGUGGCCUCCUGGAAAUUGCUUUCCGAGGAGUUUGUUCUUAGAAGUCUGAUAGCUUCUCCUUUAAUAAAGCCUUUCUUAACACCUGGCGGGUGGCAAGAUGAAUAGUGUGUAUAUUGAAAGGUCUCGGUCGGUUUGUAGUGAGUUUUGACGUCGAGGAUAGCUUCGUUUUGGAAUCUUUCACCUUUGUAGACAACCGUGUCUAAGAAUGUGAUUUCAGUCUCUGAGAUUUCAGCCGUGAACUUUAUAGUUGGAUGGAACGUGUUAGCUUGUUCUAUGAAUAGAUCAAUGUCUUGUUUACGAACAUCCCACAGGGAGAAAACGUCGUCAAUGUAACGCUUCCAUACUCUCGGCUUGAUACUGCUUUGGUGAAGCAGUUUUGUUUCAAUUUCUGCCAUAAAGAGAUUGGCGAAAGCAACCGCCAUUCGUGUUCCCAUGGCAGUUCCAAAACAUUGGAGAUAGUUUACUCCAUUGAACUGGAACAAAUUUUCUUUCAGUAUAAGCCCGAGCAUUUGUUUUAAGUAGUGGGACGGAAUGGGAGGGCUGUUAUUGUGGUAUUUUUCGUAUGCUUGGCAUACUAUUGUGAUACCCUCUUCUUGUGGGAUGUUUGUGUACAAGCUUGUUACAUCCAUUGAUACUAAAAUAGUAUCAUUUGACACUUGCGUUUUCUCUAUAAAGUUGAUGAAAUCAGUCGUAUCUUUGAGAUACGAUUUUUGCUUUUGAGCAAUAGGCUGUAAUAAAUGAUCCACAAAGGAUGAUAUCCUUUCAGUUGGUCCUUCGCAGCCCGAUGUAAUCGGUCUACCCACUGGCAAAGGUUUGUGGAUUUUUGUAAAAGUGUAGAAAAUCGGUAUUCUGGGCGGAUUGGGAGUCUGUGAAAGCCACUUUUUUGUCAUAUCGUCUAUAUGUUUGCCAUUGUGCAGUUGAGCAAUAAGCUCAUUAACUUUUUUUAAUGUGUCAGUGACCAUGGGAUUUUCAAGAAGUCGGUAGUGGUCUCUGUUGUCGAGCUGAACCUGGGCCUCUUGAAUUUUGUCCCUCUUGUUGAGAAUCACUGUUGUGGUGCCUUUGUCAGCACGUUUAAGGUUGAUGGCAGUAUUGUUUUGCAGUUCUUUGACUGCUUUGUGUUCGUUGUAUGACAGGUUGUGUUUUGGCUUUGUUAUUUCUAUUUCAGCAAGGCUUAACUUGAUAUUUUCGAAGUAGCGUUCAAGGGCAAUAGAAGGUUGUACUGGUGGUAUCCAGUUUGAUUUGACGUGGAAAGGAUGUGGUUCCUUGUCAUUCCCGUGGAAUAUAUAUCUAAGUCUCAUUCGCCUAGCGAAUUGUUCGAAGUCACGCAACAAUUGUUGCCUGAUCCUAUUUUCAUUUGUCACGGGUGUUUUAAUAAAUUUAAGCCCUUUUGCUAACACGCUGACUUGGUGAUCAGUUAAUGUAUUGUCUGAAAGGUUUUUAAGGUAUUUUUCAUUUUUCUCCCUUUCUGUAGUCACUCGCUUGUGUAGUGUAUUUUUUCUACGCUUUUUGCGUUUAUUAUUCUUGGAUAGCCUUUUUGCUGCAGUGGGUUUGGCGACUGAUUUUUCAGAGAUGACACUGUUGUACUUUUCGACAUGUUCAUUAUCACUCUGAAAGCGUGUACAUAUAAGAUCUUUCAGCUCUAAAAGCUGAUUUUCUAUUUUGUCUAUCCUGUCGACAUCAAUAUUUACAGUGUUCCUCAAGGGCGAACGUGAUCUUUCACGUGUAUUUACAUUGUAUUGUGAUCGAGACUUGGCAAUAUUAGCCUUUUCAAGUUUGUUCUUGUGACUAACAAGUCUACGCUGAUGGAAGCAGGAAGAAAAACAAACAGGAGCUAGUAUUUACGAGGGAAGAAGAAUCGAUGUUAAUCAUUAGCAAGUGAGUGGAUUGAAAACGAAAAUGGAUUGAUCAAUAUCCUUGAAAAUUAAAUAAAAAACAAAAAGCAACGAGUUUGUCCUGACACUCUUGUGGUGAAAACGUAGUCGAAGUAGAAUGCUGCAUAUGAAAAGGAAAACAGAGGUGGCUAUAGAGUUAUUGAUUACCCUGGAGAUGUUUGCAGGUGGUUCUUGACAAUAACGGGAGUUUUGAGAACUUAAAAUUAAGGUUGUUAUUUCUUUUGUUUAUAUACAAAUAACAGAUAAGUUUUGGAAUCAAUAUGACAAUUCUUUGCCAUUUCUAGACAAGUUAAUGGGUCAAUAAAAUGAGAUGUAUGGAAAACAUUAGUCUCGAAAUAAAAGUGUUCAAAAGUUUGUUUGUGCAGAUAAUCGACGGCUUAAAUUUCCUGCACAUCGGUGAUAAUUCCGUGACAAUUCUAAAAUGCCUUCCAAAACGUCGGAGAAUAUUUUUUCUUUAAGCCUCGAUUUCUCCUGGUUUUCAGGGGCAACAGAAUGGAGAUCAGUCGACGCCAAGAGAGUUUCGGGGGGGAGGGGGAGGGGAAGACGAAAGAAACUCACCUCGGAGAAUAUUUGUAACAGCGUCGAUUUCGCCUGGUUUUCGAGUGUAAACAAAAGGUGGGUGAUCAGUCGUCGCCAACAGAGUGUAAAGGGAGAUUAUUAAAAACUGACACACUAUUAAGGAGGAAGGGGGACAUAAGAAUAUUACAAUAUUACAGAGUCUUAUGGGGAAUAAUGUUUUUUUUAUCUUGACACAACCAAAAUCCCCUUAGGAAAUAAAUAAAACAUCAAACAGCCUUCAAGAUGACAACAAUACAUUCUGAACAAUAAGAAAUGUUUGGUGUUAGUUAUCUUCACCGAUAAUAAGUUAUGUAACUUUUGGUAUCAUCGUUUUCUAACACUGUUUUUUUCCCAAAUUACUUUUUGCAGUAAUCGUUGCUUUUAGAAGUAAGUACGUAUAAUCUGAGUUGAUACAGCAGAAAGCCAUUAAAAAUAGUUCAUCUGUCAUUUAUCCUCCUAAGAGACUGGUCAUUAUUUAUCGCCUGUGGGGGAGGUGGGGAGGGGGCGUUAAAGGAUCUUGGUCAAGUCACAAGUUAGUUUGCCUUAACACUUUUGAGUUAAAAACUGAGUCGAAGCAGAAUGCUGCAUAUGAAAACGAAAACGGAGGUGGCUAUAGAGUUAUUGAUUAGCCCGCAGAUGUUUGCAUGUUUUUCCUUAUUAUCUCCUUUCGCUUAGAUGCAAAUAACAGAUAGGGUUGCAACCAAUCAGACAAUUCUUUACAAUUUCUAGACAAGUUAAUGGGCCAAUAAAAUGAAAAGUAGUGAAAACACUAGUCUCGUAAUAAAAGUUUUCAAAAGUUUAUUUGUACAGAUAAUGGACAGCUUAAGUUUUGGGCAUAUCUAUGAUGACUGAAUGGCAACUUGAAAACGUCUUUCAACAUCUCGGAGAAUAUUUGUAACAGUCUCGUUUUCUCCUGCCUUUAAGGAAAAACAGAAGGUUCGCACUGAGAGUUUUGAUAAUUGCAAUACCGUGUCCCUAAAUUGAUCAUCUUUGUCAUUCUCGUUACCUGCUUACUUUAAACUUUUUUAAAAUUACACAUUAACGAGGGAGUUCAGGAAUUGACUGUUUAUUAAUAUGAGCACCGUAUAAUACUCCAACACGCUAUUUUUAGCCGCUUAAAUUAUGUGCACCUUCAAUCUUCCUCCAAAUUAUUAUAAACCAAGAAAGAACUAUCUCUCGAUCAGCAUGGUCACGCGAGAAGUGAGCUGUCGCAGUAAAAUUCGGUCAUUUAAGAUGAAAGUUCUAUGCCAGAUCAUCGGAAAAAGUAAAUUAGGUAAAACACUGUAAUUGCAUGGUCACAACAAGUUACUCAAAAGCUAUUUUCGUUUUGUUUUGUUUUUUCUUAUUUUGCAAACAAGCCCAGUUAAUCGUCAGACUUAUGCAAACCAAAGCAAUAACGAUGAAAAUCUUUCUAAUUGCCAUUGUCACAAUGAUUUUAGCAAUAAAAGUUGCCCUUCAAGGUGGAAAGAGGUAAAUUGAAAGGAAAAUACUGCAUGAUCUCUGCUCGCAAUGUGAUCCAUUAGUUAAAAUUAGUGCAAAAAGAUGCUUUAUCACCCCAUGCCCGUAAAAGUGUUAUUAAGGUAAGAAAACUUUUCUUCGCGGACUUUAUCUCACUCCUUCUCAGUGUAAUGCUUCUUUGGAAAAAAAGUUAUUAAAUUGGUAAUAAAAACUCGCUUUUUCAUGAGUUAUAGCAGCUCUUUCGAAGAUGCUUCAAGGGAAUUCCCCUCUUAUCAACAUAUGGCUAAAUGAAAAAUGACUUUUCAAAGCUUUGAGCCAUGUACUCUCGUGAGCACACGGGCAAUUUGAACAGCAGUUAACAUCAUAAUUAGCGAAUGAGAACCCGAAACAAGAAUAGGUGGACUGUCAAAGCAUGGAAUAGCUCGAGAGAUGCUUUUUGCGCCAUGUACUCGAACACUCCAAACGUCAGUUUUAGAAACUCUCCUCAGUGUCCAAUUUACAGUAUCAGGUCAGAUAAAAUCAAAUUGUCACGUAAUACUCCCGUCGAAGUAGCAUCACAGUUUCUUCGAAAACGCACCCCUUUGUUCAUUUGCAGUUUACAUUUCUGCCAAAAACUAACGGUUUCGCUCAAAUUCAGUAGCUUGCGGGCUAAUAUAAUCUCGUACCCAGAUCUUACUGUAAUGGAAAUAUAAGUUACAACCGAUUGGCCAAGAAAGGGGUGGGCACGUGACUACCUACCAGCAGACCUCUAGCAGGAUCAUAAGAGUAUUACGGAGGCUUAUGGGGGAACCAGGUAAAUUUUAUCGGGAGAAACAAAAUCAUCCAACCCCAACCCCCUUAUUGUAUUAUGUAUUUGAAAGGUUCCAUGGCUAAAAUCUCUCGCAGAAGGAGGGUAUGAUGCUCAUCGGUCCAUUGCAUUCUACAGAGAAGAAUUACAAAUCAAGGAUUCAUUCUAUUUGCAGUCGAAUUUAAUACACAGAUUCUGAUUUUACAGGAAAACUUACAAGGAUUUGGCUGAACUUGGCUGCUUGUUAGCAAACAUUGUUUUUAACUUCAUGUACCUGUUGAAAAAAUCCUUCGUUGGAAAUUGUUUCCACAUGUAAUCGCCUCACCAGAAGACACGGCCGAGAAAAAUCGCAAAGCUGGAAGAUGCUGGCAAAAAAAUGAACGAAAUUCAAAAAUUUACCUUGGUUAUUAGGAUUUGAAUCUGCCGUUUUCUAUAGAACCUCGAGUCGCCUGUUUUCACGUCCUUCAAAGAUCGAGCACGCGGUUGUCCACCUGUUCGCAAUUGCGCAAUAGCACUCCCAAGGAGAAAUUUACUUCCGGUAACCGUCGUUCACUCAAGCCAUCUUCAACCUAAAGUUCCUUAAUUCAUUUCUUUUCUUUUAAUUUCCUAUCUCAGCAUUGGCUGCAACCAUCUGCCGAGAUCUGAGGACUCUUUACUUGACCGCUCAAUGACGGAGGGUACCAUCGUUGUUAUUCUCAGUGAGUCUUAAGAGAACUUGACCUGCUAAAAUAUCGGAAACCAAUCUGCAUUUUUCUGAAAUAGCGGCUCCAACGUUUUAUAAGGAAGCGAAAAUCAUGAGCAAACUCUAUUGUAGCCAGUCUUCGCAAUUUUUGCCCAUAUUCACCGAACUUGAAGAUCUUCGUGCGACUUGUAUCGCCAACUGUGUCUUUAACAUUUUUUUUACUUACACCGCCUUCAUGUUCAAUAUUGUGACAAUCUACGUCAUACACAAAACUUCAACAAUGCCAAACACUUUGAAAACUCUGCUGCUAAGUCUUGCCUGCUCGGAUGUUGCUGUUGGUUUGUUUAGUCAACCAUUAUACGCUGUCUUUCUUAUCAACUGGCUUCGAUUAGACAAUCCUGGCUGUAGCACUCAACAAGUGCGGACGAUUUCAAGUAGUUUAUUUUCAGCUGCUUCGUUCCUUGGUGUUGUGGCUGUAAGUGUAGACAGGUUCUUAGCUGUUCAUCUUCAUCUCAGAUACCAAGAGGUUGUGACUCACAGGCGUGUUGUUAUUGUUGUGAUUGGCAUAUGGGUGCAUAGUGCAUUUGUUUCUUUGAUGAUAUUGUGGGGGCUUCUUAGUACUCGGGAUCUUAUAAAUACAGUUAUUGGCGCUUUCAGUUUCAUUAUCACGUUUGUGGUGUACAUCAGGAUAUAUCUAACUGUACGACGGCACAAGAAUCAGAUUCAUUCUAUGCAAAUACGAAAUGAAACUCAGUCUGAGGAGUUAAAAAACUUUAUUGUUCUCAUUAAAUCCACAGUUGGCAUAUUCUACGUAUAUCUCGUAUUUUUAAUUUGUUAUUUGCCCUAUCUCAUUUGCAUGGCUGUUAUUAGAAUCUAUGGCUCGAGUAUCGUUUUAAAGAAACUUUUUCUUUUCUCAUUGACUCUCGUGUAUCUAAAUUCAUCUUUGAACCCUGUAAUUUACUGCUGGAAGAUGAAACACAUUCGACACUCUAUCAUAGACAUACUGCGAAAGAUGUCUUGGAUCAGCAAUCGGCCAUUUCAGAUCAACUACAAUCGGUCAUCGAGUGUAGUCCAUAUUGAUAGCUGAUCGCCUCUAUGUGGCUUACAAAGACUAUGCGCAGUAAUUGUUUACGAGAAAGUGAAAAAGGGACAAGUAAGAUUGUACAUAAGUUAGUGAUAUGACCCGGCAGCCAAAUAAUCGCGUAGUUCCAAUUUUAAGUACACAAUAAAUCGAACAAUCUGUAGCGUGGAAGGGAAAGGCUAAUUUGAGCAAGAAAGCUGGUUUUAUCAUCGAUGGGUAGUGAAAUUGUAAUUAUGGAUGUAAAUAAAAGUAGGACUUGACUCCUUUGAAUUUGAAAUUUAAAGAGACUCUCGAGCAAACAGGUAGUAAGAAUGACAGAGAUGAUUAAUUCAAGGACAUGGUAUAGAUAGUAAGAUUCUCAGAACUAAACAGCAAAUAAAUAUAAGGUACGAUCAUAAGUGAAGGGAAUAAACUUCCAGUUCUUUCAUUAGAAGUUACAAACUCUAAACGAUUCUACGAUAAAUCGGUGUAGCAUCGCAUUAAGAGCGUUUCGUAAUGUCCUCAGGAAGAAAUACAAACAGGAACUAGUAUUUAUGAGGGAAUAAGAAACGGUGUUAAUCAUUGGCUAAUGAGUGGAUUCAAAACAAAAAUGGAUUGGACGAUAUACUUGAAAAUUAAACAAACAACGAAAAGCAUCUAGUUUGUCUCGACACUUUGAGGUAAAAAGUUAGUCAAAGCAGAAUGCUGCGUAUAAAAACAAAAGCAAAGGAUGCUAUAAAGUUAUUGAUUAGCUCGCAGAUGUUUGCAGGUGGUCCUUGGUAAUAGCGGGAGUUUUGAGAACUUAAAAUUAAGUGUGUUUUUCCUUGUCAUCUCCUUUCGCUUAGAUGCAAAUAACAGAUAGGUUUUGACACCAAUUUGACAAUCAUUUUUAAUUUCUGGACAAGUUAUAAAGAGGCUGUCCACCUAAGUACGGAUAAGGCAAAUUUCGGUCCUUCACCGAUUUCCCUAAGUUUUUUAGUGAAAAUCGAAAAUUCUAUCCCAUGUACAAACAUCACAUUUAUUUUGAUAAUUUUUCAUCCUUUUUCAUUUUUUAUGAGACAAUUUUAAAGGUCACCCCAGAACUGCCCAAUUUGGAAUCUGUGACCCCUAUUAUUAAGUUAUAAAUGCCGAGCGCUGUUAAAUCCUUAUUUCUCGAUCUAAAAAACUGAUUAUUUUACAUACUUAAGAAUGACUUUAUUUCAAUAGUUUAAAGGUAAGAUGAUUGCAUUCUAUAAAGUUUUUACCGAGAUGAAAUUUUCAAAAUACCUCAUCGUCAGCAUUGAAAUUUGUGAGGAGCGAGGUAUAUGCGGUCGAAAGCUAUUUUCUCUUUCGUGGGACCUGAUCUCGAGUCAAGUCUAUUGCAGCUUAAAAGUACGUAGAUAGAACAAGUUAAACAUAGAAUAAAACUUUUGGGCACUCCUCAUCCUGCACCGUUGAGAACUUUGCGAAUUUCAUAAAUAUUCGCCAUCUUGAUCGAAACCAACGAUAUGGCGGUCCGACCUGCAGACAGGCUUGUAAACCGUAACAGCCCUAAAAUACUUGAAGGUGCCGCAACGAUUAUCUGAUGGAGUAUCAAGAUCGAUAUAAUUCAUCAUUUUGGCCAUUUUUUCACGAAAUAGUUCAAAUUUUCCAGAAAAAUACUACGUUAAUAAUUCCUAUAUGCAAAUCAGCUUCGUGCGUUCAUGUUAUAAUACAUGUCAAAAAUAGUUUCCGUAACAACAUUUAGCCGUUCAAAGAAGUGUUCCUGUGAAUGUGAAACUCCUCUGUUGUAUCCUUUCUUGAAAACUUAACGUAAAAUUUCAAGAGCCAAUUGCUUUGAACACAAUGCGCUAAGGGAAUCCAGUUUGUUUUGACAACUAAGUUGACAAUUUCCCGCAAGUGUUUUUAUCUCGUACGUAAUCUUUUCAGACCUCUUUGCCGUUUUUUUUUUCAGGAAAAUAAUUCACCCUUACUUGGGGAAAAAUUUCGUCUCACUAUUUGUGAAAGUUUUUUAGAUUGUGAGCUAGUUGGUUCUCGUUCUUAACGCGGUGGAGUUUUUCAGCGUGACUGUGGACUGCCGUGAACUAGCCUAGUCACGCAAUACCAGCAUUACAAGAUUGUCUCACGGCUGGUGAACUCAAAUUAAAGAAACAUUUAGUUCGGCAUUUAUAUCAUGAUAUGCUAAUGUUUCGCCGUCGAGAGUACGAAAAUCUCCUCAGAAGAAAUUGAGAAAUUAUGCAACCGAUAGAAAUUGGUGUAUUUGAUUUAAUAAAUGUUUCCAAAAGUAGGUAAGCGAAUUUAGUAACUUAAGUUUAAGGCAUAAAUCAUUGAGAAAAUUUCAAGAAGGUAAUAGAAAAAGUCUCUUUUGUAAAUGCUCGUACAUGCUGUAGAGUGAGAGUGAACAUGACUCACGGUCACGGUAGGCUUAUAAUUUUUUUUGUUUUGAAAUUAAAGGCAUGACUACAAAAUAACAGGCGCCAAUUUUAAAAUGAUUUUCACGGGCUUGCUUACAUGUUAAUCCUUAACUUCAGCGCAACAUUGCCUAUUCAUUCUUCCUUUCUCUAGAUCAUCGACAAUCAUUUCAAUUUUCUGGAAACCAGCAGAGCCAUCGGCAGCAGUAUUGUCGAGGCCUUGUAACGACUUUCUGUGUUAGGCUUGUCUGUCUUCUAGGAUCUUGAAUAAAGUGGUGCGGCUGAGAGGUUCAAACUUCUCCUCCUGACAGAAUUGUAUAUACUGGCUUAUCAUCGUAGACCGCGUCACAGUACGCACCACGUUCCGCAUCUCGAUGGUUUCCCCACUGUCUAGCUUAAGGAAUUUAUUUCCGUAAGACACGUCUUGAUAAAAGUAUGGGCGAUUAAUGAACUCGACGAAAUGAUCUACUUUGGUCAUAUCAAUGCGAACACGAUGACGUAUCUUCUCCUCAGGCACCUGGUUGACUGAACCUUUGGUACAACUGUGCCAUCCCAAACCCAACAGUCGCUCGGAAUGCUUCUUCUGGCAAGUGGUAUAAAUAGCUAUAAAAUUGCAUCAAUACAACUGAUAAAUCAUUCGUCGUCUUCAUCAUCGUCAUGGUCAUGGUCAUGGUCAUCGUCAUCGUCAUCGUCAUCGCCAUCGCCAUCGUCUAGCUUAGCCUAAAUCAUUUGUAAGAGAAAUUUCAGGCGUUUCAAACACAUCUAGGAGGCCUAUAGUCUCUAUCGUGCGUAACAGCUGUCGUUGUGGGUGUGAGAUAAAGGAAAAGUGUUUUCGUACCGUAGGGACCAGUAAAAGAGAGGCGACAUCGUGCGAGGCAUGGGGAAGAGAUGCAGAUUCACCGCUCAGGACUAUAUUUGUCUCCUUCAUUGCCACCAACCAGGCUGGCCAGUAGUCUUAGUGUAGCAAUAUCAUAAAAGAAUUAAAGAAAUUUCCUCGGUUGAUGAUAAAAAAACGCAUUUUUGUAUUUACGACUGCGACACCAAUAAUUAACCAAGGGAAAUGGACAUCUGACCGACAACAACAAAAACUCAUAGGAGUAUUGACAAUUGAGGAAACAGAACUAGAGAGAGCCACAAGGCUAUUGGUACUUACGCAAUCUUACAGCGGCGAUUAAUAAAAUAUAAGUCUUACUUCGUCAGCUAUUUGGAAGGUGGUGACGUGGCUGCCCGCCACACUUGUAACUUUCCCAGUAUGGCAGGGGUAUUGGCACGAUCUUGGACCUCGUUAGAAUCUUCCUAGUAAGUGUCUGUGCCUCAGGCAGAUGGUCAUUCCCUCGAGCUGACUGGCAAAUGCUGAAUUCCCGCUCUCGCGAUGACUUGGCUUCUGUAACUUCGCUGUAUUUUGACAAGUAGCAGCUAGCCAAAUGGGCGGAUAUAUCUGUGUUACACUCGGAGA